UUUAUUGCUCUGUACAUGGUUUUUUAGGCAAUUACCCUGGUGCUAGAAGAACAAGAGAAACUGAAGAAUGUGAAGAAGCAAGUUCUUGAGCAGGUUAGACAUAUGAAAGAUGGAGAAGCUAAUGAGUCUGCCAUCAUAGAGUUGUUUGAAAGACUAGAUGUGGACAAGAGUAAAUCUUUAACGCAGUCUGAAUUGAAGGCAUUGCUCUCAGAUAUUAGUGCAGAUAAGGUGCAAAUGGCUGAAGAUGAGGCACUGAUGAAAAUAUUUGAAGAUCUUGACACUGAUGGAAACGAAGAAAUUAGUCUUGAAGAAUUCACAAUAGGACUCAAAAAGUGGAUCAAGAAAACUGGGGGCAAUACUCAACAAUACAAUGUGGACAGAUCUGCAAGGGCGUGGAUAAAGGCUAUAUUUCUGUUGGUGGUUGGAAUAGUAAUGUUAGCAGUAUUAGCCGAGCCCCUGAUACACAGCGUUCAGAAAUUUGCAACAUCUGCAGACAUACCAUCAUUUUAUGUUGCCUUUGUUUUAGUUCCGUUGGCUACAAGUGCUAGAACAGCUAUAUCAGCCAUUCGAGCAGUAAGAGACAAGAUACCAAAAAAUACCCGUUUGACAUUUUCUGAGAUCUAUGAUGGGGUGUUCAUGAACAAUGUUCUUGGAUUUUCUGUUCUUCUGUCAGUUGUAUACUUCCGUGGUUUAGUAUGGCAUUUCUCUGCUGAAGUGAUGAUCGUAGUUAUUGUUUGCUCUAUAAUGGGGCUUAUCGCAUCAUUCAUAUCCCGUUUCCCAGUUUGGAUAAUGUUCAUUGCCUACUCGCUGUAUCCAUUAUCUUUGAUCAUCGUUUAUUUGGUCGAUGAUUACUUUUGGUCGCCCUGAACCGUCUAUUUACACAAGCAAAUGAGCAAAUGUAUGCAUUGGUGGAAUCAGAAAUUUAAACUUCUGAACUAAAACAUUUAAUAAUAAAAUUUUCAUUAUUCAGGCUCCGAAGUAUUUUGAUUAAGAA